CACUUUCAUCUAGAUUUUCAUUAACUUUCGCGAUGACGAUUCAUCCGGUUAUUGCACUACGUCGAGAAGCUACUAUUGCAUUUCAAUUAUGAUAAAAGUUUCAUCAGUAUAUUCGAUGUACGUAUAGUGUUUAAAUGGGUAUGUUUCACGAGCAAACAACAGGGCCGAUGGCCGAACAGGCAAGAAACAUCUUACUUUCAUCUUUAAUCUCAGGUGGAGUGGCUGGUAUGGUAUGUGACUUAUUACUCUUUCCCCUGGAUACUCUAAAGACUCGUCUACAGAGCCAACAUGGAUUCACCGAGUCUGGUGGUUUUAAAAAACUCUAUCGAGGUGUAGCACCGGUUAUGAUAGGAUCUGCACCUUCAGCGGCUUUUUUUUUCAUCGCCUAUGAUGGAACUAAAGAAAUUCUGCAGCCACUUACGCCACCACAGUAUCAUGCGAUUGUACAUGCAGGAGCAGCGUCCGUUGGUGAAUUGGUUGCAUGCUCAAUUCGGGUACCUAUGGAGGUAAUUAAACAAAGGAAACAGGCGUUGCUAACGGAUACUGCUAGAAUGGGUUUGCGAAUGCUUUACAGAGGAUAUGGGAGUACUGUAUUGCGCGAUUUGCCCUUUACACUUGUUCAAAUGCCUCUCUGGGAAUAUCUAAAACUUUACUGGAAACGGCACGUAUCUCAUGAGUGCACACCUUUGGCGGGAGCUAUCUGCGGUGCUGCAUCGGUUACAAUAUCUGCGGCUGUCACUACGCCCCUUGAUGUGGCCAAAACAAGAAUUAUGUUGUCAUGCUCUUCACUUAUGAAAGAUGAGAUUAAAAUAUCCACAAUGUUGAAGGAGGUCUAUCGAGAAGCUGGUUUUAAAGGAUUGUUUGCUGGGUUUUCACUGAGAGUCUCUGGCUUCACUUUGGGUGGCUUUUUAUUUUUUGGGAGCAACAACGAAAUCUUCUGGGUUCUGUUGAUAAUUCGAAAGAUUCUUCUUCUAAUUUCUUUAUGUUGUUUGGGUUCGAUACAAAAUCCUGUGCGAUUUCUUGAAAUAGUUCCGCUAUAAAAAGAAGAAUUACAUGUAUGUAGAGUAUCAAGUACACAAAAAAUAAAUAUAAUUCUUACCAAUAUUCUCGCCUGUUUUGCUAGAUGUUACAAAAAACUUGGAUUGUAUGCCAUCAGCAAAUCUCUGAAUUACUUCAAUAUCUGGACAAGCUUGUUUAUCUUCUGACAAUACAUCUUUUUUUGUUGCACAAAGGUAAACCUUACAAUCUUGUUCAAUACUUCUCAAUUCCCUCAUCCAAAAUUUAGCUUUGUUCCAUGAAUGAAGAUUGGUAACAUCAUAGCAAACUAUUGCAGCCUUAGCACCACGAUAAUACAUUUUCACCAUUGCUUCAUAUCUACAUACAAGUGUAUUAGCAAAGUAAUCAUAUGAAUCAUACACAUAAAGUUUACAGUCAAUAGGAAUAAUUUACCUUUCACUACCAGCAGUAUCCCAUAUACCGAGUACAAACUUUCUACCACCAACCUCCAUUUGCUUAGCUGCGAAAGCAGCUCCGAUGGUCUACAAUUAAAAAUGUUGCGUUUUUUUAUUUAAGCACCAAGAAUUCUUAAUGUAAAUUGCAUUUUCAUUGUUCCAUCAUUUUUGUAUUAGAACACCUUAAUUUAAUAAAGUUUCAUUGUACUGAA